AUUUCAUUCACUAUAUAUCCAUUACGUCUUUCUAUAUAUAAACGUACGUCAUCAUCCAUAUAUAGGCUUCUGUACGUUAUGAAUUUACGUAUAUGCGUUUACAAGGAAUUAUAAUCAUAAUUAUCGUACAUAAAAAAUGUCUCACAUUGGUGUGGAGAGAAAGCGGAGACGACAGAUGAAUGAUCAGCUCAACAUUUUGCGUUCCUUAACCCCUUCUUCCUACAUCCAAAGGGGAGACCAAGCAUCAAUAGUAGGGGGAGUAAUUGAGUUCAUCAAGGAAUUGCACCAAGUUCAACAAUCAAUGGAGGCCAAGAAACGAAGGAUACACAGUUUAAGCCCGGACCGGCCGCCAUUGCAGCCCAUUACUCCUACCCAGCACCUCGAAACAUCAUCUUCCAGCAACUGCAUGAUGGAUGUAAAUACGAACAGUGGUUGCGAAUUCAACGAGGUCGGGGCAUGUUGCAACUCUCCGGUAGCCGACGUUGAGGCCAGGAUAUCGGGCUCUAAUGUUAUUCUGAAGACCAUUUCUCGUCGAGUUCGGGGCCAAAUCCUUACAAUAAUCAAUGUCUUGGAGACGUUUUCCUUUGAGAUCCUUCAAUUGAACAUCAGUAGCAUCGAUGACACUGUGCUCUACACCUUUGUUAUUAAGAUUGGGCUGGAAUGCCAAAUCAGCGUGGAGGAGCUUGCACUUGAAGUUCAACAUUGUUUUUGCUCUAAUAAUGCAGCGCCGCUAGUUGAUACCUGUAUGAAGGAGAAGGAAAGGAAACCUAGUUAGCUAUGCUAUGGAUCGAAUACACACUUCGAACGAAUUCGUAUUUGGAAAAAUACGUCUAUGCCACUUUAUUAUGUUACUAAAGAUAAUCAGUUUUCCCAAAAUAUAAAUAUUUAUACACGACAACUCCGGUACCCAUUUAAAAAAUAGGGUACCGUACCUACCAUUUAC